AUGACGCUGAAAUACCUCAUUGCCGGCGCCACGGGCGGCCUUGGCGCGGAGGUGCUCAACUACUUUGUUAAGAACGUCCCUGCUGCCGAAUACGCAGCGGGCUCGUCGCGAGAGUCGACACGGACAGAUUUCGAAUCGCGCGGUAUUGCUUUCAGACAUGUCAGCUACGAUGACCCGGCGACGCUAGAGAAGGCGUUUGCCGAUGUCGAGAAUGUGCUGUUCGUCAGUACGCCCACCUUUGACGUGGAGCGGCGUAAUAUACAGCACAAGAAUGUCAUCAACGCGGCGAAAAAGAUGAAUGUUAAACAUGUGUGGUAUACAUCGCUUGCGUUUGGGGGUUUGAAGAGCGACUCGAAAGCCCUGGUACAACAGUCCCACUAUGCAACAGAGCAAUGGCUGAAAGAGUCUGGAAUAAACUUCACCUCCAUCCGCGAAGCCGUCUACGUCGACGCCUUCCCCCUAUUCAUCAACUGGUACCCCGAGAGCAAGCGGAUUGCACUCCCCACCGACGGCCGCGUGUCACUCGCAUUGCGCAGCGAGCUAGGCGAGGCGACAGCACGCCUCAUGAUCCAGGGCGGGCAUGAUCGCGAAAUUGUCCUCCUCACACCGAACGAGUCUAUCACGUACUCGGAGCUCGUGUCUGUCAUCAACGAGACGACAGGUCGGCAGGUCAAGUUUGAGGUCGUCUCGGGCGAAGAGUUCGUGCAAUGGGCGGCGGAGAAAGACCCAGGAGGCAAGGAUGAGGCUUUCUUCCGCAUGGUGCUGACUUGGCACGAGUCUAUCGCGAAGGGGGAUCUUGCGACGACGGAUCCGUUGAUGGGAGAGGUGUUGGGGAGGGAGGCCACGACGCCGAAGGAUGCGGUGCGAAAGUUGCUAUUGGAGAACCCGGAUUAUACCUGGCAUCAGAACUACCCAAAACGGAAGUAG